GGAGUUUGGUGUGUUCAUCUAACCUACACAUUCGUGUAAACAUCUGCAGGCUAAGCUCUACCUGUCCAUAAUUGAUGACGUGAUUGAGAGUAUGAGGGAGCUUUUCCUGGACGAAGGCCUUGAAGACCGGGUCCUGGAUGAUUUAAGACAUCUUUGGGAGUCGAAGAUGAUGCAGUCAAAAGCAAUGGAAGACUUCAGGAAAAACAACAUCAACUCAUCCAACUUCGUGCUGCAGCUGCCUGCAAGCUACACGCAGACUGAUCAGGACGUCACAGGUAGAGCCUCAGUCGUGAUCCCUGCGAGUCAGACUAUCCACAGUUUCCCCAGACUCAAGGCGGGCUCAGAGACACUGGCUACGUUUUCUCUGCCUGCUGGGUUAGCGUACCCGGUGCAGAUACCAGCCGGAGUCACUCUACAGACAGCUUCAGGUCAACUCUACAAGGUCAAUGUUCCUGUUGUGGUCACCCAGCAGCCUGUGUCUCAACCUGCUCAGAAGGUCACAGCGUUUAGAGGAGCCGCUGCCCCUCAGCCGGCCGCGGCCCCGCCGAAGACCGCCGCUCCACCUCAGGAGGUGGAGCCGUCACCUGCUCCAGCUGCUUCUGUCACACAGCAGCCGCCUCAAAAUGCUAACCUACCCCCCAGUCAGGAGACCAGCGCCCUGCAGCAGCCACCCGUUCCUGCUCCUGAAACCUCGCAGCCUCAGACGGCCCGCUCGCCCGAUCUAGAGGUGCCACAGGUGGAGAAUGAGCCGAGUCCACACCCUGAACCUGUGGACCUCAGCAUGACCGCCUCACCCUGCACUCAGCUAUUAGACUUUCAGAUCAGAGCUGAGGAGGCUUUGGCGCAGACGGCUCCAUUACAGACCAGAGACAUCGACGACAUCCUGAAAGAAGUGAUCGAGGAGGAGAGAGAGAAAGCGGAGAGGGCGAGGAGUCAGGCAUCCACAAAGAAUGACGACCAGGCCGAGCCUGUCCUUGAGCUGGAACUGGACUACAGCUACAGCGACCUGUCAGACAUCGUUCAGCUGGACGGCGCCGCAGACAACUCUGACCUGGAGGAGGACGAGGGCGGGGUUCCUCUGGAGGAGAACGACUUCCUGGGUAUCAUCAACGCCGAGGCCAUCAAAGCUCUGCAGGAAGGAGAAGGAAGCAGCGACGGCAACAGCAUCUCCUCCAGCGACAGCGAGGGAGCCGAUGAACUCGCUGACAUCGUGGAAGAGGAUCCUCUGAAUUCAGGUGACGAUGUGAUGGAACAGGACAUCCCCGACCUCUUCGACACCGACAACGUGAUUGUUUGCCAAUAUGACAAAAUUCACCGCAGUAAGAACCGCUGGAAGUUUCAUCUGAAAGAUGGAGUGAUGUGUUACGGAGGCAGGGACUACGUUUUCUCUAAAGCCGUCGGGGAAGCCGAGUGGUAACGAGCUGUAGCUCUCAUUCACACACCAGACGAUCGUGUUGAAAGAAGGACAAACGGAUUGAGAAGAGAGAAACGAUCGGUGUAUUUCCACCACCUGCCAUUUGUUUCAUGGAGCAGCCAGUUUAAAAACCGCUGUGCAGAAUCACCGAUACCUUUUUGUUUGGUUUGAAUUUAAUUAUUAGAGCAAAGCUGCUGAUCGACUGAAACAAACAGCAUGAAUUUCUGUUUUAUCAUAUUUGAAAAGUCCUGAUGGUGUUGCUUUGAAGGUUCCUAAUGUGCUGUUUGAUUUCCUAACGUUGUAACUUCUCGCCUUUGAUCAUUCUUUGCUCCUCACUGUUGUGCUGCUUUCAUUAAACCAUUUUCUUUCUUUGCAAACGUCUA